CUUUGCCCAGUUGCCCUCCUCCGACCUCCACGCAGCAGAGAUCGAGCAGCACACGAAACCAACCGAAGGAAAGCAACCAUGGCCAUGGCCGUGAUCCACCUCGUGCGACCGGCCCUCACGCCGUCGCCUUUGCUGGGGCCGCGUGGGCGGCGCGCGUCGCGCCUACGCGUGAGGUGCCGCGUCGGUGGGGACGAGGGGGAUGGGGGCCGGGGCGGCGAGGAUGAUGCGCCAGAGUCGCUGUUCGCCAAGGAGCUGAGGCGAAGGGGGAUGUCGGCGGGGUCAGUCCCUUCGGGGGAGAUGGCGGGGGCAGCGGCAGAGGCGGAGGCGGAAGAGGGAGGGCCUGGGGGAGAGGAGGGGAGGAAGCGUGUGGUCGGGGCGGCGGCCGCGGAGUUCGAGAGGGCCGCAGCCGGGGCGGACGGGCAGAGAGAGCGGUCCAUGGCGCUCAACAGCGAGGGCAUUGAGGGUCUAGUACCACGGGCAAAGUUGUUAUUAUCACUAGGUGGUACUUUCUUCCUGGCAUUUGGCCCUCUGAUUAUUGUCACAGUUUCUCUUUUUGCUGGCCUUUAUCUGUGUUUUGGGCAAAGCUUUAUACAUGAUGGGAGUAAGAAACCCGUGACACCACCACCAUACAUCGAUCCAUAUGAGCUACUGGAAGAUGAUAGGAUCUCCCGGCCCUCCAUGGAUGUGUUCUGAAUCUCAAGGACACAAGAACAGUUGUCAUAGAUAGCUCAAUAUUUUUCUUGCUUUACUAGAUAUGUAGCUGUAAAUGCAAUGCUAGCUGUAGACCUGUUAUUAUCUAACAUUUCAACAUAAUAUAUGUGAUAAAUCUCGCGCCAAAACCCAACAGUAGGGAAUUCCUCUGCAA